AUGUUCGCCAAGUGGUAAGUGCCCUUCCGAUCUUCCAUUCUGAAUCCUCUCUUCCAGCUUCGCCGCCGUCCUUCUCUGCGCCAUGAUCAUCGGAUCCCAGCAGCAAGUGGUUGUCCCUGCCUACUCCGCUGCCUACGUUCCUUCCGCGUACGCCUACCCAUCCGUCUACUCUCCGUACGUCGCCGCCGCCGCCUAUCCGUCCGUCUGGGCUUGGGGAUCGAACAAGAACAAGGAGGAUGCUCCACGUGCCUUCGCCAGACCGUCCGCCCUCCUCAACAACCAGAAGAGCGCUUGA